AUGGAGAUGGAGAUUGCAUUAACAGAUGGAAAUAGGGAUGGAAAUGAUCAAGAUGAUCAAUAUGGUGAAGAUGGAGGAAAUUCUGUUCAUCAUGUUGAUGCUAGUCUCUACACUCAACCAUCAUUUCAAGAUCUACUUUCAUACUUUGGUACACCAUCGAGCUUCACUCAAUUGGUUCAACCAUCUCAACAGCAUCCUAAUGAUGAAGCCCCUAUACCUUCAAAGAAAAGUUGGGAUUUAAUUGAAGAUAUUGCUCUCAUAUGUGCAGUCAUGAACACAAGUACAGAUCCAAUUGUGAGCACCAACCAAAAGAUAAGAGUGAGGUGGCAAAAAGUUAAGGAAGCUUAUGAAGAAGCGAGAAUGGAACGACCCCAUCUGAUCCCACGAAGAACCGCCGACAUGCUUAAAUGUCGUUGGGGUAGAGUUGCUCCAGCAUGUUUGAAGUGGUCUGGAAGUUAUAACGAGGCUCUUAGAAGGAAGAAGAGUGGCACGAGAGACGAAGAUGUGCUUAAAGUAGUGCAUUUAAUCCAUCAAAAAAAAUGUGGUAACUUUAACUUGAUUGAUAGUGAAAGUAGUGGGAAAAGAUCAAGGACGGAAGAAGAUUCUGAAACACCAAGAAGUGAACCUCAAGGAGGAUCAUCUACUUGCCCCGAGGGUGUGAAGAAGGCUAAGGCUCGCAUGACUGGGAAAAUGGUUGCAAAUCAAUCAAUUCAAGCUUUGAGUGCAUUUGGAGAGAGUCUUCGACUUAAUUCAGAAAUAAUGAAGGGGAAGACAGAACUUCAAAAACAAAAAGAAGCCCGAAAACAAAAACAACUUCAAAUGGAAGAAUACCGAAUGAAUUGGGAUAUAUAUCAAACAUUAAGCAAAAAGGAAAAUCUUCAGCCAUGGGAAACUGAUAUGAUGGUUCAACUUGUACAAUGCUUUCAGAAUUACAAUUGUCAUUAG